AUGGCACCCUCCAGUCCACGCAAGUCAAUUGAUAGCCUAGCAUCCGACGCAUCGACGCCGUCGCUAUCGCUUUAUUCUACUUCCCAGCUAGAGUCUCCUCGGGUGCCCCCUCAGCGGUAUCCCCUGAGGAGGGGAUCCACGGCGAGUUCAAUCGUGAGCAUUGGAGGCAUUCUGGACACUUCCCAGCAUCAUGGUUCCAUUGCAGAGUCAGGCCAGAAUGCUAUCUCCACCCUCCUCCAACCUCCGAUAACCCGCACUGGCCUGACGCCGCAUACCGCCGUAUCUACGACCGGAUAUAAACCCCCCUCAUCCCGAGAUAUCCCGCCAGUAACCUUGACGAAUAUCCCUCAUGUGGAUGCGAAAGCGUUUCAACCGUAUCUCUCGCAAGUCGGUUCCUUGUACGAUGUGUUCCAGCAGUCGAAAGAGGGUGCUGCGGAGGACGCUCAAACGCCGUCGGGCUAUAAAUCCCCGAAACCGGAUGAUAUGGAAUCCUUGAUGCCAUGGAGCCCUGAGCGGAGAUCCUCAGCUAUGUCUAUCAAUUCACGACCAACCUCUCCCUAUGAUCCUCGUGGCAGACGUUCGUCGGGUACCCGCGGCCGUGGGCCUGCUGUGACCCCCCUGUCUACAAUCCCGCCAGUAUACUUUGAGGAGGAUUUCCAUUUGGAGAACCCGCGCACAUUUGAUGUCAUCUCAGAGAAGUCAGAGGUGGUUAAACCUCCGCGACCACCAACCAAGGACGACAAACACGCCAAUGGAGGUGCUCCGGAGCCGGUCCACACUGGCAGGAAAGCACUUGCGACCAACGCAAUUCUGCAAGAGAAGCUCUCUUGGUACAUGGACACCGUGGAAAUUCAUCUUAUUUCCUCAAUUUCUACCGCGUCAAAGUCAUUUUUCACUGCUUUGGGUUCGCUCCGAGAACUGCAUGCUGAAGCAGCAGACUCUGUGAAGCGGAUUCAGGUUCUACGCAAAGACUUGCAGAAGAUCGACAAGGAAAUGGCCCUGGGUGGAUUGAAGAUCGUCAAUUUGCGGCGACGGAGAGAAAACGUGCGGAUGCUGGCAGCUGCUGUGGCCCAAUUACGCGACGUUGUAGAGUCUGUUUCUCGAUGCGAGGAAUUGGUCGAGCAAGGGGAUAUUGAAGACGCUGCCGAUGAACUGGAAGAAGUAGAAAAGCUAAUGGCUGGCGAGAAGGCAUCUGAUCGUCCGGCCGAUGAUGAUGAUGACGAUGAUGAUGAUGAUGAUGAUGAGAAACAUCUUCCGCGGAAGCCCAUUGAUCUCCGGGGUCUGAAGGCUCUUGACGGAGCUUCCGAUGAUCUCGCUAUGUUGAGGCAGCGCAUUGGCAUGGGAUAUGAGUCCCGAUUCUUGAACGACCUACUAGGCGAUCUACGAGGUCAUGUUGAAAAUGUGUCUUCUGCUGUGACCUUGCAGCGAUGGGGAGCCUCAUUUCUGCGGCAACGUGGUGGCCAGCGUCCCGUGUCGACAGUUUCACCUGCAUACAUGACCAUCGAUAAUGAGCUACGGUCCCGGUUGAACACCCAGCUUAUGGGACUUGCCCGAGCCCACUACACAACCGCCGCGGCCACAUCUUUCAAGACGGCUGUCCUCCGCGAGAUGAAAGGACUUAUCCGAAAAUACCUCCCCAGCUCCAGCGACGAUGACAAUGAGUCCAUGACUUCAGUGUCCACGCAUAACGAUCGGCAACGGAGUCAGCAAGAGAAAUCUUCCAUUCUCGCACGGAACCUGCGUGCCCUUGAUCCAGAAGAUGCUUAUGGGAUGCUGGUGGCAGUUUACACUGGUAUCAGUGAAUCCCUGCGCCGGCUGAGCACCCAAGUCAAGAUUCUCUUGGAUAUUGCCAGUGGCUUGGGAAGUUCGCCGGCCGCCGGUAUUAGGUCACCCAGUCGCAGUCCCAAUCCGCAGGGUCCAGACCAAACCAUGAGGUCCUCUGAAUACGGACCUUCAGCUUCAGCCAUGGCCCAAGAUGAGAUUCUGCAGGUCUUGGACAUGUCAAGCCUCCUUGGUCAAGCAGUAGACAUCGCCCAGUCUCAAAUAACCAAGGUCCUAAAGGUUCGCUCCGAGCAAACCGCGCAGCUUUCCAAGGAAGAGUUUUUGAGAUACUUCACGCUCAACCGCCUCUUUGCCGACGAGUGUGAAGCGAUCUCGGGACGGGGCGGCACCGCAUUGAAGACUAUCGUUGGCAACCAGAUCCAUGAAUUCAUUGCUCGAUUUGGAGAAUCCCAACGCCACCGUAUCGUCAAGGUCAUGGACUCUGACCGGUGGGACGCACGGGACUUUGGUGACUCUGAAGUCACUAUACUUACUCGCAUUCUAGGCGCAAGUACCAAGGAUAUCGAGGCUUGGAUGGAUGCUUCUAAGAUCUGGAUUCCAACCAACGGAAGCGAACAGACCAAUGCUUCUGAAUCAAGCGGAGGUGCCAAUGGUUCAACAAAGGACAAGGUGCGCAGUGCAGUUGUCGAUGAACAGAAAUACAUUCUGCCUGAUUCGGCCGUGGCAAUCAUGCGUAGCAUUGAGGAGUUUGAGUUCCUUAUGGCGAAUAUUCCUAGCAUGAUUCAGGAUAUUUCCUCUCAACUGCUUGAGAUACUGAAACUUUUCAAUUCACGUUCUUCUCAACUGAUUCUCGGCGCGGGUGCUACACGAAGCGCAGGCUUGAAGAACAUCACCACGAAGCACCUUGCCCUUUCGUCGCAGGCAUUGAGCUUUGUUAUCGCCUUGGUGCCGUACGUACGAGAGUUUGUUAGACGGCAUGGACAAACAAAUCAGGUUAUGGCCGAAUUCGAUAAGGUCAAGAGACUGUGUCAAGAACAUCAGACUGGUAUCCAUGAAAAAUUGGUCGAUAUCAUGAGCUCGCGAUCGUCCCUCCAUGUCACCGCGAUGAAAAAGAUUGACUGGGAUCAUGAUACUUCCUCCGGUGUUCAUCCUUACAUGGAGACGCUGGCCAAGGAGACCGGUACUCUCCAUCGUGUCCUCAGCAAACAUCUGCCAGACAUGACUGUUGACAUGAUUAUGAUACCCGUGUUCAACAACUACCGUGACCAGUGGACCAAGGCCUUUGAAGAAGCAAAUGUUGAGACAGAGGCUGGGAAGAAGAGGAUGCAAGUUGAUAUUGCACACCUCCAGUCCAAGCUGGCGAAAAUCGAGGGUGCCGGCAACUUGGGUGACAAGUUGCUCGGACUCGUCAAUGCAAAGCAUAUUGCCGAAGCUCCUGCUGAACCCGAAACCCCCGAAAAGACCGAGUCUGCCAGUGAAAAGCAAGACUCGGACAAGGGGGCUGAAUCCUCCAGCUCUUAAUGAUCCUCCCGUGAAUAAUAUCUUACCCUUUCCCUGCAUUGAUGGCCGACCAUGUCUCGUGUAUAUAUAUACUUUAGUUCUCAUAGCCAUCAUUUGUCCUUUUUAGAAACUGUACACAAGCAG